CUCAGAAGCAACCGCCUCGUGCUUCUCCUUUUCACCUAGCACCUUCUGAAGCCCUGCAGCGCGUUCAGAGGUACACUGCGCGACUUUCACAGCACUUGCGCAGCCAUUGCAUACAUAGAUUCGUCCCUGCGUUGCGAGCGCCACACAGCAACCACGCGCGUCACCGCACGCUCUCUGCAGACCGCCCUCCCUUCCUACCCUGGCUGCAAGUGCAGAAGCCGCCAAUUGAGGCUGCCCGCACCGUUUUAACAUGCCGUUCUUCAAGAACGUCUUCAAAUCGAAGGACCCCUCCAGGUCAGGGUCCAAAGCAGAAGCCAGCAGCCAGCCCGCACCACGGCCGCGAUGGGAAGACGCAUGGUCUCGCAAGGACGUAGCCCCAGAAGAGAUCCAAGAGCUCGCCCAUGUGUGCACACAGGAGAUGAAGUCGAGAGCUGUCGAUAUGCCCUUCAUCCUCCUCCCUUUCCGCCCCACCUCCGACACGAGCGCCUCACGAAACUUCAUACGCAAUUUCUUCAAAGCACAGUAUGAGGGGACACGGCAGUUUCGCGGCGAGGGCCUGGCGCAAGAGUUGCGACUAGCGGAGCCAUUGACAUUAUGCAGCAUCAUGAAGUGGUGCUGGAGUCGACUGCCUGGCGGUGUUGUAACCUGGGAUGCCUACGAGCUCUUUCGAAUUGGCGAGUCUGAUUCUAAUUUCGCCCGCCAUGCCUUCGAUACAUUCAUACCUCUCAGCGUCGAUUCAGAAGCACGCAAGCGCCUGAUAUUUGAUUUCUUCGACCUCUUAUCUGCAGUUGCCGCAAGGGGUAAAACGAACGGCAUGGGUGGCAGGAAGCUGUCGCGCAUGGCUGGAUGGUGGGCCUUCGAAUUCCACGACGAUGGCCAUGGCUUUGAUGGAGGAUAUCGUACAUGGGAGAAGGCGGCAGAUGCUGCAAGUCACCUCUUCUUCGCGUACCUUCGAUCGCUGUCCCCUGAUGCCAACACAAUCGGUGGCAUCUCCAACCUUCCUCGUUCGCUGCAGUCGCUGCUUUCUCAGACCGAAUACCCACCACAAGCGCCUACACUGAUGCAGAUCCGCACAACGAAGGUAGUCAUGAUAGUGGACUCUGUCUCACCAACACCAUUUUCAUUAUUGCGCCGCGCAAGGAACUUCGAGUACCGAGACGACGACGCUGCAUUGCAGCAAUUCUCCUCUUACGAUGAUAGCGUGAAGGCGCUCACAGACGAAUGCCGUAGAGUGUUGGAUAGCAUUGCAUCGGCAAACCAAUCUGUCACAUCACCUGCAGCUACGACUCCGGAUCCAUCGUGGUCACGCUUCGAAGACUUUGGCUUCUCUGGUCUGAUAGACGAUUCAGCUAGCAGUACAAACGGAGCCUCGGCCGCGGGAAGCCCACGAGAGUUCUCUGGCCUUCGAAACGGAGCGCGGUCCAAGGAGACUGACUUUGGCCGCCCUACCACUCCAUCAUGGGCCGAUUUCCUAUCCUCUGGAUUCGCUGAUGAGAACAAUCAGACUUCGCCCACCACUUUGUUGCUUCCCACACAAAAGCUUCCACCACUCGGCGAACCUGCGCGGGUGCACAGCUCCCAGUCGCACGUGCGCAAUCCUCACGGAUCCGAAGAAGACCUUGAACCUGGCGAACUCGCCAGCAUCACCGCAUUCGAUCUUGAUGAGACAUUCUGGUGGGUGUGGAUGACGAGCCUUGCAAAUGAGGAAACACCAGAUCGAAAGGCCGCUUUUGGUCGAUGCACAAUCGUUGAGACACGGAUUCCCGGUGGGAAAUGGCUAGUUAUGGAAGAGCAAGUCAAAGGCGCGGCUACGGGGCCUGAAGAAGGUGCUUAUAUCGCGGAGAAGAAAUCGAAGUUCAGCUUCACUAAGCGCGGGCGUCUCGGUCGGAGAAAGUCUACCGGCAAGAAGACCGCGUCGUCUGCACAGGACCCUUACAACCGAACCAACGCCAACACGCCGUCCAGCACCAUCGGCGCAGACCAACAUGCGCGAAUCCAGGCCGCAGCUGCGAAAUUGGCACAGAAAGAACGAGAACAGAAGGCAGCGGAACUGAUGGGCCAACGCCGGGCUAGAAUGGACGAAGCUUCAUCCAUCAAGACGAACAGUGUGCUGACCCUGCAGCCUCAUCUACUGAGCGAAGCCGGGCCCGCUAUGAAAUGGGAUAAGAGGUUUGGAGAGGGUGCCAAGGACAAAGACGCCCUGCGCGCGCAGUAUCUUGGUGACAUUCACGCUGGAAGGGGUUCGAAGAAUGAUCUCAAGACCACAGCCAACGGACGGUCGUCGCCAUUACCUCCUGAGAUAUCCAACCGCGACCUGCCUGCGCUGCCGAACUCUCAGACAGAUUUGCCUGUAUCAAGGUCGCAGGUUUGGGAAGCUCCCAAAGCCAGCAGCCAAGACGCCACUAUCACCCCGGUGCCAUGGCCCGAGGACUCACCUCGUUCCACUCCGAGGCCAGAGCAAGAGGAGAAGCCAAUGCCCGUUACACAGACCGUCGAUCAUCCUGUUUUGAAGGCGCCGGUCCCUGAGCGCAAAGCUCUCACACUAGUCCCCUCGAAUGUCCGCGCUAGUGAGGAGCAAACAAGAAACCCAGAACUAAAGAAGUUGGAGAAGAAGAAGAAGAAGGAAGGUGGCGGCGGCGGUUUCAGGAAGCUCUUCGGCAGGAAAAAGACCGACAUCUCUGCCCCAACUGGUGCGAACCAGCAGAGGCCCUCCGAAGAUGAUUCACGGCUACAGGCCCUUGACGCUGCUCGAAGCGCAUCUCAAGUCUCACAUCACAACCAACAAUACCGAGAGCCGUCGCCAGAAUUUGCGGUCGAGCCGGCUGAACCUUCGUUAUCACCUUCGCCGGCGAUUGAGCACGAAGCAGUCCCUUUCGAACAUGCGCAGCCUAAAGUGGAACAGCCCAGUCCGCCACUUGCUCCAGGCAGUGCUGCGCUUGAACAGCGCGAGACCGACCAGGCUUUCUCCAGAUUCGACCAAGGUCCUAUGGAGGACAUGCCAGCUUUCGUUCCAGAAGACAGUGAUGAGGACGACCAUGCUGUUCCACCAACAGUAAAUCGUCGUCCAAUCGGGCAGAAUUCGAAGAUACCUCGACCUAUCACACCACCCGAGCAACAGGCCGCGUAUGGCCGGGAUGACAUCUCUGAGGAUUCUGUUGAUGCCAGACAAGCGUCGCCGUCGCAAGACAGAUGGGCUCAGAUCAGGAAAAACGCUGCGGAGCGCGCAGCACGACUCAGUGAAGAGCAGACGCGUCGCAGCCGAAGUCAAAGCCAAAGUCAGCGUACUGACGAAGGUGAGACCAGUGGUGAGGAGACUAUCGAGAGUCGUGUCGCUCGUAUCAAGGCCCGCGUCGCCGAGUUGACGGGCAACAUCGAUGGCGCGCCAGGCAGACCUGGUGGAGCGACGCGGUAGAUAAUAAGCCUCGUAUGCAGAGCGUACAAAGAGCACAGAUACCCAUUUCCGUUUUGCUCUCCGGACAUCUAAUAUCCUUCAAUGUCUACAGCGAAUUUUGACACGCUUUAUACGAUUCAGAUUUUGUCCCUAGGGUAAUGAGGGCAGAUGUAAUUAGCAGGUGUGCAGGUGCUGAAAAGGGAUCGAGGCACUGCAAGUUUGGCAUGUAAUGCAUUUUUGCAAAUGUCCUUCUGAUAACAAUAGACUGUAAUCCUUCGAUGAAUGUAGCGUGACAGAAUCUUCGAGCUUUGAUGGAAGUUCAGCCUUGAGAUGCCGCUCGUGGGUCGAACGUCGAUUGCAGCUCCAUCGCAACCAAGGAGCCAUCAGAGCGCAUCUC